AUGUCAGGGAUGGCUAAGGCUGAGGCCAUUUUCAUUGGUGGUAACAGGCAAACACAGGCUAGUGACUACAAUCCUAAACAUGGCAUUUUGGCUUAUGGCGCUGGUAAAACCAUCGCGUUCUGGAAACCUUUGGAUCCAGCUCAUCGCGGAGUUUACGCAACAUUGAAGGGCCAUGAUGCCGAAGUUACGUGCGUGAGGUUUGUUCCUGGAACCGAGUUCAUGAUAACUGCGUCAGAAGACUCGCAAGUUCGUUUGUGGGCUUUUGAUGGAGAGGACAACAGCGCAAUGGCAUGCAUCCAGUCAACCGAUCACCACAAGCACACCAUCACGUCACUUUCUGUGCUCUCUAAUUUGCUAACAGUGGGCUGUGCUGAUGGUUCGGUCUCUGUUUGGCAAAUAAACGAGCGUCAGAUCUCGCUUGUCCACUCUUUUGUUCUCAAGGCAGGCGUAUUCCCUCUGUGUAUGGCAUUGAAAAGCGUCGAAGACAGCAAAGUCCUGCUGGCGGUGGGCGGAACAAACUCGAAUGUAUUUAUUUAUUCUUUCACGCGCGAAGCGGCAGCGCUGGAGAAUUUCCAACUAGCAGCUACCCUAGAAGGCCAUGAGGACUGGAUUAAGGCUAUGGACUUUUACGAGGAAGGCCCAGGGAACAUGCUUCUCGCUACAGGCUCUCAAGACCGCUACAUUAGGUUAUGGAGAAUACGAACAAACGAUCUAAUAGACAACUCUGAUGAAGACGACAGUAAGUUGAAACUGUUGAGCAACAAGCAAUCCAAGUUUUAUAUCGACGGCAGCUUGAGAGUGGCCAUAAAUUUCGAAGCUCUUAUCAUAGGGCAUGAUGACUGGGUCUCUUGUCUCAAGUGGCACAGUGACAAGCUUCAACUGUUGGCUUCUACCGCGGAUACAGCGGUGAUGGUUUGGGAACCUGAUGCAGAGUCUGGAAUUUGGGUUUGUGCGUCCAGAUUGGGAGAGUUGUCCUCCAAAGGUGCGUCUACUGCAACUGGUUCAUCUGGAGGCUUUUGGUCUUGCAAUUGGUUCACUCAAGAAAAAGCUGAUUACAUCCUUACAAAUGGUAAGACAGGAUCAUGGAGGAUGUGGAAAUCUGACGAUAUUAGCGGAUGGGAGCAGCAACUUGCCAUAACAGGGCCCACAAAGCCCACUACCGAUGUAGCAUGGUCGCCAAAUGGGCUUUACCUCCUCGGAACCUCUCUAGACCAGACAACAAGGCUUUUUGCACGUUGCAAGCUUGAUGGGGAACAAGACAAAAUCAGCGGCUCUUGGUUCGAAUUUUCCAGGCCCCAAAUCCAUGGUUACGACAUGAUUUGUGUUGAGCCCAUUUCAAACACGAGGUUCAUCAGCGGUGGUGACGAGAAGAUUAUGAGAUCGUUUGAUGAGCCAAAGGGCGUUGCUCAGAUACUACAAAAAUUUGCUGGGGUGCCCUUUGAAAACGAGAAAUACAUGCCAGAAUCCGCGUCUUUGCCUGCAUUGGGCUUAUCGAGUAAGGCUACUGCUGAUGUUGAUGAGGACGAGGACGAAGACCCUGAUGCGCGCGAGACAAAUGAAACAAAAAACAUUUCUUUCGACAUUGUUGCCUCGCUUCACUCCCCCCCUGUAGAAGAUCAGCUCCAGAGACACACGCUUUGGCCUGAAAUUGAAAAACUCUACGGCCACGGUUACGAGAUUUCCUGUCUAGAUGUGAGUCCUGACGCGAAGAUAAUAGCUUCUGCUUGUCGAUCGAACAACUUACAGCACGCUGUCAUAAGGUUUUUUGAUUCUAACACAUGGUUGCACUUAGAGCCGGCACCACAAUUUCACAACUUGACGAUAACCAGGCUCCGGUUUUCUAAGGACAACACCCAACUCUUGAGUGUCAGUAGAGAUAGGCAAUGGGCAGUAUGGAAGAGGGACCUUGAGACCAACCAGUUCACACUAGCUUACAAAAAUGAGAAAGCACAUACAAGAAUCAUAUGGGAUUGCGAGUGGGCUCCACUUUCUUUUGGCAGCGUAUUCUUGACUGCUUCUAGGGAUAAGAGUAUUAAGCUUUGGAGGUUUUCUGAAGAGGAACAGGACUACUUGCAAGAGGCUUCCAUCAAGCUUGGCAUAUCUGUGACGGCAAUUUCAGUUCACGAGAAACUUUUUGACAAUAAACUUAUAAUAGCUGCGGGUCUGGAGAACGGUUCUCUUCAAGUCUACACCUACGAAAAUGAGUUCCAAAAAGUUCUCGAAAUUGAAGAUAGGUACACGCCUGCAGACAGAAUUUCAAGGCUCAGGUGGAGUUCAAACGGCAAUGAGCUUUUCCUUGCAGCAGCGAGUGCAGACACCUCCUUCCGCAUCUAUUCUGUCAAAUCAGAAAGCAUAAAAAAUUCUCCAAAUUAA